AUGCGUCUGCUCUACUUCCUUCUGUCCACUGCGAUGUGCAACCCUCUCUUUAGGAGAGAAGCACUUGAUAUCCCAGAGAUCUUAGAGGUUCUCGAUUCAUCUCUGUACACGAAUAAAGACACAGCCCAGCAAGUAUUCCAGCUCUCCAGCCUCAUAUCAGACAUAACCAGCGGCAAGAUCAACCCCGUACAGAGCAUCAAUGAAGGUCUUACACUUCUGGCCAAUAUUCCUAACACCACCUCCCUCGAACGAGCAAUCGCCAUAGUAUCAGCAGGACUAGUUCCCUCGAACAUCACCACAAUCUUCAACCCCAACCCCAUCAAUUCCUACAACAACACCAACCCACCCCCAAAGACCCCCAUCUACCCCAAAUCCACCACCGACGCACCCUACGAUAUUCCAGAGCCCAACCUCCGCAGCGCCAUCUACAUCCCACCAACCUUCACCUGCACCAAGAUCCCUAUCCUCCUCGUCCCCGGCACCGCCGACCCAGCCGGCUUAACCUUCUCAUUCAGCUACAGCCGACUCCUCGAGACCAACACCACCAAUCCGGUCUGGGUCAACAUCCCCGACAACUCCCUAUCCGACAUCCAAGACAACGCCCAGUACAUAGCCUACGCGAUCAACUACCUCAGCACGCAAUGCGGGCGCUCGAUCGGCGUGCUGGGCUGGUCCCAGGGCGCCCUGGACAUCCAAUGGGUAUUGAAAUACUGGCCCUCGACGCGAAGUGUCGUAUCCGACUUUCUAGCCGUGAGUGCCGAUUUCCACGGCACAAGAGUCCAGUCCCUGUGCGUGCUUGAUGAGGCGUUGUGCACGCCUGCGAUCCGGCAGCAGGGGUAUGAAAGUGGGUUUGUGCGGGCGUUGCGGGAUGGUGGGGAUUCGGCUUUCGUGCCGACGACGAGCGUCUACAGUGAUGUUGAUUUUGUGGUGCAGCCGCAGAGUGGGGAGGGGGCAUCGGGGCUGCUGGGGGAUGCGAGGGGGGUGGGGGUUUCCAACACGCAGGUUCAGGUUGUUUGUGCUGGUGAGGCUGGGGGUGGGUUUUAUUCGCAUAGUGGGAUGUUGGUGCAUCCGUUGGCGUAUGCGUUGUUCCUGGAUGCGUUGGGACAUGAAGGGCCGGGGAGGGUGGAGAGGAUUGAUCUCGGGGUGUGUCGGGACUCGUUGGCGCCGGGGCUCGGGCUUGGGGACUUUUUGGGGAUGGAGGCUGUGUCGGAUGUGUUAGGGCCUAUUGAGGUGUUGCUGUAUGGGGAGAGUUCGGGGAGGGAACCAGUGCUCAAGGACUACGUGCACGAAGGGCUGGAGAUUGAGAUUCAGGGAGAGAAAGUCCUAUGA